UCUCUAUCAAUUUUCAACAUCAUACCUUUCUCAAACUCUGAUUUCAAAACAACAUAUUAAAUGUAUCCAAGAGUUAGUGUAAGGGUCCCAGAGCAAGAAGACAAUGUUUAUUCUGAAUAUGAUAGUGGAAUUUUAUCUCUCUUGAAGCUCAUUGAAUCCCUACACUUUGAAGAAGAGGAGAAUCAUAAUAAAAGUGAACCACCAUCAAUGUGCAAGAAUACAAAAGGUUGUCCUCAACAUAUAAUAACAAGGAGAUUCACUCCUUCAACUAAAGGAAUGUUGAAAAAUAACAAACAAGUUAGGGAGGUUCCAAAAGAAAAUACAAGACCUAGUUGUGUUAUUCGUCCACGCGCUGUCUUAUCUAGUCCUGAUAAUGAUGAAUUAAUUGGAAGUAUAAAUGAUUUGAAGAACAAUAUAUCCUUAACUAAGAGAAAGAAAGCAGCAAGAGGGACAAUGGAAGGUCAUGCCAAGGUUUUGGCUAAUCAAAGACAAAGCUCCUCCAAAAGCAAAGUGCACAUUUGAAACUUUGAUCUUCAAAUGCAUCAAACUCAUUUGGAAUUUGAUUUUUAUGGAUGCAGUUUUCUAAGUAAGAAUGGAGUCUUGGAAGAUCAUACAUGUUUGUCUAGGUGUUCUUGUGUAAUUUUAAAAUGCUGACCAUUUGAAGUUUUUGUCUAGGUGUCUAGUUGUUUCUCAGAGGAAUUCUUGCAUGGACACGGACAUAAAACCUUCUUCUUAAUCACAAUCAAUAGAAAUAAGACAACUCAUUAUGAAGAAGAGAGAAAAUUUAAAAUUUAUUUAAAUUUUAAUUUCUUUUUUAAUUGGAUUCAUGGGUGGUUGUGAUUAUGAAGGAAAGAGAAGAUUAAAAUUUUAUUUUUUAAUUAAUUAAAAUUUUAUGAUUGGUUGUGUGUAAAACUAUUUCUUAGGGUUGUAUCUACCUAAGAAUUUCUCUGUUUCUCAUACUGAUUAUAAAGGGUGCUGGAUAUAUA